CAACAACACAGGUUUCCGGGUACACAGCAUCACCAAAACGGUGUAUCCAAGUUGUUGGCUUUAUAACGAACAGUCAGACAAGCACAAUGGGUAUUACAAAACUUGCAGAUUUGAUUCGCAGCGACGCACCUGGUGCUAUUUCUUACAAAGAGAUCGGCGACUACACAGGUAAGUUUGCAUGCUUAGCUACUUUUACUAACGUUAGCUGUGUUAGCCAAAAGGCUAACGUUAGCUAGCUAGCAUGCAGUUCGGGACAACUAGUAUCCUCCUUCAUAUGCUAGUUAUCUCAUCCUAGCAUGUAUAAUGUUAUGGAGCAUCAGUGUGCCCCACCCAAUAAUUGACUAGACUUAUCCCCAACAUUGAAGCUACCAGACAGGCCAGGCAUUAUUCACGUUAGCAAACUAGCUUGGCCAAGUUUUAUCCAGUACUAGAUAUGGGCCCAGUUGGAUGUUGUAUGAUCUGGAGGUUUCCUGCUCAUUGAGUUCACUCAAAGGUUUUACUAAUACAAUACACCGUACAUUUGUUUUGUCUCAACAUUUUAGGAAAGGUCAUUGCGUUGGACACCUCCAUUGUUCUGAACCAGUUCCGCACUGCAGUACCCAAUCUUCAGUUACUGGGGUGAGCUGUCAUUUCUAACUUCUAAAGCUUACCCAACCGUUGGCAUUGUUGACAGCACCUCAAAUGUGGCUUCUUCCUCUCCUUCAUCUGCACUGAUCUGAAAUCACAGGACAGGGGAAAGCAUAUGGCGAAUGUCUACCAGUUAUUUACUUUCAUCUGUCCAGUUCUUUCCAGCCAGUGCAGAUGAAGUAUGUAACGUUAGCCUAGAUGAAGAGAGGGAGUCACUUUAGACUAUUGGGAUGUGUUUCUGUGGUAGACCUGUGUAAACUAACGCUGAAUUCAGGGCCCUGUUUCUGUUUCUAACCCAUGUUCCCAUCCUUUCACUCUAGUCCCUUGACAGGUUUGUUCUUUCGCACACUAACCUUCCUGGAGCAUGACAUCAAGCCAGUGUUUGUGUUCGAUGGGAAGCCUCCUGGGGAGAAAAGGGCUGUGGUGAGUGGCACAGCCAAGACCAUAGCUAACUACAGUGCCUUCAGAAAGUAUUCACACCCCAUUACUUUUUCCACAUUUUGUUGUUAGAGCCUGAAUUCAAAAUGGAUCAAAUUUUGUUUUUUUGGUCACUGGCCUACACACAAUACCCCAUAAUGUCAAAGUGGAAUUAUAUAUUUUUUAAUUGUUUCAAAUUAAUAAAAAAUGAAAAGCUGAAAUGUCUUGAGUCAAGUAUUCAACCCCUUUGUUAUGACAAGCCUAAAUAAGUUCAGGAGUAAAAAUGUGGCAAAGCAAUUCACUUUUUGUCCCGAAUACAAAGUGUUAUGUUUGGGGCAAAUCCAAUACAGCACAUUACUGAGUAGCACUCUCCAAAUGUUCAAGCAUAGUGGUGGCUGCAUCAUGUUAUGGGUAUGCUUGUAAUCGUUAAGGAAUGGGGAGUUUUUCAGGAUAAAAAAGAAACGGAAUGGAGCUAAGCACAGGCAACAUCCUAGAGGAAAACCUGGUUCAGUCGGCUUUCCACCAGACACUGGGAGAUUAAUUCACCUUUCAGCAGGCCAAUAACCUACAACACCAGGCCAAAUCUACACUGGAGCUGCUUACCAAGAAGACCGUUAAUGUUCCUGAGUGGCCAAGUUACAGUUUUGACUUAAAUAUACUUGAAAAUCUAUGGCAAGACCUGAAAAUGGUUGUCUAGCAAUAAUUAACAACCAAUUUGACAGAGCUUGAAGAAUUUUGAAAAUAAUAAUAGUAAAUGUUGCACAAUUCAAGUGUGGAAGGCUCUGAGACUUACCCAGAAAGACUUACAGUUGUAAUCUCUUCUACCUCCAAACGAGCUUCAAUGCCAUACAACACUCCUUCAGUAGCCUCCAACUGCUCUUAAACACUAGUAAAACUAAAUGCAUGCUUUUCAAUCGAACGCUGCUGGCACCCGCCCACCCGACUAGAAUCACCACUCUCGACGGGUCUGACCUAGAGUAUGUGGACAACUACAAAUACCUAGGUGUCUGGUUAGACUGUAAAGUCUCCUUCCAGACUCACAUUAAGAAUCUCCAAUCCAAAGUUAAAUCUAGAAUCGGCUUCCUAUUUCGCAAAAAAGCCUCCUUCACUCAUGCUGCCAAACAUGCCCUCGUAAAACUGACUAUCCUACCGAUCCUUGACUUCGGCGAUGUCAUUUACAAAAUAGCCUCCAACACUCUACUCAGCAAACUGGAUGUAGUCUAUCACAGUGCCAUCCGUUUUGUCUCCAAAGCCCCAUACACUACCCACCACUGUGACCUGUACGCUCUUGUUGGCUGGUCCUCACUACAUGUUCGUCGUCAAACCCACUGGCUCCAGGCCAUCUAUAAAUCACUGCUAGGCAAAUCCCCGCCUUAUCUUAGCUCAUUGGUCACCAUAGCAGCACCCACCCGUAGUCUGCGCUCCAGCAGGUAUAUCUCACUGGUCAUUCCCAAAGCCAACACCUCCUUUGGCCGCCAUUCCUUCCAGUUCUCUGCUGCCAAUGACUGGAACGAAUUGCAAAAAUCUCUGAAGCUGGAGACUCUUAUCUCCCUCACUAACUUUAAGCAUCAGUUGUCAGAGCACCUUACCGAUCACUGCACCUGUACACAGCCCAUCUGAAAUUAGCCCACCCAACUACCUCAUCCCUAUAUUGUUAUUUAUUUUGCUCUUUUGCACCCCAGUAUCUCUAUUUGCACAUAAUCUCUUGCACAUCUAGCAUUCCAGUGUUAAUACUAUUGUAAUUAUUUUGCACUAUAGCCUAUUUAUUGCCUUACCUCCAUAACUUGCUACAUUUGCACCACUGUAUAUAUAUUUCCUGUUGUAUUUUUGACUUUAUGUUUUUUUUACCCCAUAUGUAACUCUGUGUUGUUUUUAUCGCACUGCUUUGCUUUAUCUUGGCCAGGUCGCAGUUGUAAAUGAGAACUUGUUCUCAACUGGCUUACCUGGUUAAAUAAAGGUGAAAUUAAAAAAUUAAAAAAACAAAACAAAUACAGAGUGUUGACUCAGGGGUGUGAAUACUUAAAUCAUCAUUAGUCGCAUCAUGCAGCCUUACAAUGUAUUCAAAAUCUAAACAAAUAGCCCAACGUUUGUUGAACAACUAAAGUUACAUUAAUAACUCUAAAUUAAGCAUGUAGGAGUACCAAUGUCUUUGUUAACCGCUCAACACAUGUGCGAACUCCCUCAAAUCGUUUGGAGAAAAUAUCCUUUCUAUUUUAUUCAGCUUUGUUCAAUUGUUUUCUUCAUACUAUAAAAUAAUGCCACGGAAUUCUAAGCAAAUCUUGUCUGCUAAAUUAACUAGUGUAGCCCACAGCCAUUUGGCAUAGCCAGAUCAGGGCCUAACAUAAGGACAACUCAGACUACAUUUUCUUCAUAUCAUGCUUCUUUAGACAUGUCUAAAAUAAAUAAUGAAUUUAUUGUGAAGGUGUAGGCUAUAUUAUAUGGAUUUAUUAGACUUUUUUAAAUGUAGAUGUUCCAAAGGUCUGCAUCAGUGGCUUGUAGGCUAUGUGUGGAAGCCAGGAGAUGCUAAAUGUGUUUAUGUUAAUUAACGGUCAAUUACCGUGAGACCGAUAGUGAUUUGCUUGACAGUCACCGGCUGACGAAAUUUCGUGACCGCCACAGCCCUAGCUGUGACACAACAAAAUGUGGAAUAAGUCAAGGGCUAUGAAUACUUUCUGAAGGCACUGUACCUCACAAAAUGACACCCUCACAAGUAGUGCACUACACUAAAUAGGGAUAGGGUAUAAUUUCCGACACAGCCCAUGUCAUUACGGUUUAAUUUAAUUGUAUUCCCUGUUUCUUCCAGUUGGAGAAGAGGGCACAGGCUGCAGGCUGGAGCUCCCCCAGUCAUUCAGGAGCAAGUAAGAGAAACAUUGGAAUUCAAUCACAGCGCAUAUCAGUUUUCCAUCUUCCUGUAUUUGACCUUUGACCUCUCUAUGUGCACCUGUAGUGUCCCCUCAGACACGGGACUGUCUCCACCUUCUGAAGCUUAUGGGUGUGCCCAUCAUCCAGGUCAGUGUGCCAAUCCACUAUGUAGCAUGCUAACCCUGAACAUUUACCCUAAUUAUACAAAGUUGUCUUGAACACACACCAACCACCAGAAACCAUAACAUAUGAACCCUCUUCUUCCGCUCUCUCUCUCUCUCUCCAGGCUCCAGGAGAUGGCGAGGCACUAUGUGCCCACCUGGUGCAACAGGGCACAGUAGACGCGGUAGCAUCAGAAGACAUGGACACUCUGCCCUUUGGUGGCAACAUCCUGAUCCGCCAGCUCAACGCCAAGAAAGACAGGUGAGGGUGCACCUUUGAGUCCAUAACCAUGUCUAUACAGCCUGGCCAUAUAGACUAGACGUAAUAUAGUAAAUGUAAAUCCGGGACACUCAAAUGAAUAUGAUAUGUUACAUUUGGUAUGGUUACAUAAGACAAGGGUUUGGUCGGGGUGGAUGGGUGGGUGUAUAACGCGAACGCCUAGCAACCCAAAUAAAGCAAACGUCCAGCAACUCAAAGGUUGCAUGUUCUAAUCUCAUCACAUUUUAGCUAAUUAGCAACAUUGCAACUACUUACUACUUUUUAGCUACUUUGCAACUAUUUAGCAUGUUUGCUAACCCUUCCCCUAACCCUAACCUCACUCCUAACCUUAACCCUAAGCUUAACUAAAAGCUCAGACACCAGCAGGAUAGUCAAACGUUUGCCUGCCGACAGUACUUAGCACCACUGAACAGAGUGGCAGUCAAUGUCUUUUUUGUUCACACAGCAAAGACCUUGGAAGUCAUCAGCCACAAAAGCCUUGUUAAAAUACUCCAAACCAGAAGGUGGCAGUAGCGUUGUUUGGCUAUGCAUAUCUGUGCGUAUUGCUUAUGGAGUCUUAUGGAGUCUUCUAGAGUCCAAGCUAUCAAAUAUAAUCGCAUACACAUAUUUAGCAGAUGUUAUUGCGGGUGUAGUGAAAUGUUUGUGUUCCUAACUCCAACAGUGCAGUAGUAUCUAACAAUUCACAACAAUACACACAACUCUAAAAGUAAAAGAAUGGUUGCAUCACCGCCUGGUAUGGCAACUGCUCGGCCUCCGACAGCAAGGCACUACAUAGGGUAUUGCAUACGGCCUAGUACACACUUGGGCCAAGCUUCCUGCCAUCCAGGACCUCUAUACCAGGCGAUGUCAGAGGAAGGCCCUAAACAUUUCCAAAGACUCCAGCCACCCUAGACUGUUCUCUCUGCUACCACACGGCAAGCGGUACCGGAGCGCCAAGUUCUUUACAGCUUCUACCCCCAAGCCAUAAGACUCCUGAACAGCUAAUCAAAUGGCUACCCGGACUAUUUGCAUUGUCCCCCCCCCCCCCCCCCCCCCAAUUUAACACUGCUGCUACUCUCUGUUUAUUAUCCAUGCAUAGUCACUUUACCUCUACCUACAUGUACAUAUUACCUCAAUUAUCUCGACUAACCUUUGCCCCCGCCCAUUGACUCUGUACCGGUACCCCCUGUAUAUAGCCUCGCUACUGUUAUUUUAUUGUUACUCUUUAAUUAUUAUUUUUUAUUUUUUACUCAUCUAUUUUUUACUUCUGUUUAUUUUAGUAAAUGAUUUCUUAACACUUAUUUUUCUUAAAACUGCAUUGUUGGUUAAGGGCUUGUAAGUAAGCAUUUCACUGUAAGGUCUACACCUGUUGUAUUCAGCGCAUGUGACAAAUAAAAUGUGAUUUUGAUUUGAUUUGACAUGGACACUCUGGCAAAUGUUGCGCUAAUGUUGCUAUUUUGUAGAAAGCCCUUGUUGAUACUAGCCAGAUGGCCACAGCUAGAUAACUACAUAGCAAGAUGAUGAAGAAAGAAUUUAAUUCACUCUCUAUAAUCCCAUACUGCCAGUGCCAGCCCAUAGCCAAAUGUUUAGCUAGCUAACUAGCAUUAGUAUAUUUGCUAGCUAGCACAACAUAGCUAGCUAAGGACACUGCACUAACUCGGCAGCUAACACAGGCAGCUGUUUCAUGGAAACUAGCGACUCCAUUGUGAUUUAAUUAUAAUGCCAAUACUAGCUACAGUGGUUAGCUAGCUUGGAGGAAGUAUUUAGUGUUGUGUGCAUUGCAUCUGUGCACUUAGCUAGCUACUAUCCAAUAGCCGACAUUGCAUAUGAAGUGUGACUGGCUCAUCCGUGGAUGGAGAAAAUGCCCACUUUUCACCCUUUUUUUGUUGACUCCCCCACGUGGGGGUUCGUGCUCUCUGAUUUUGUUGGCCACUGACGAGCAUUGCGAUUCUACAAGUAGAAUCGGUAGGUUCGUCGCUACCGGUCUGCACGCAGCUGGUACCGCUUUUGUUCUAGCAAGAGAAGGAACACCCUCCCACUGUGAUAAGUACAUAUUAGCAGUCUAUCGGCAGAGAGAUUGUCGUGUGUUUCAUGCUUAACCUUAACCCUAACCUUAAUCCCUAACUCCUAGGUUAGCUAACGUUAGCCACCCAGCUAAUGUUAGCCACAAUAAAUUAGAAUUCGUAACAUAUAUCAUAUGUUUUUGAAAAUUCGUACCAUAUUGUACGAAUUGUGAUUCGUAUCAUAUUGUACAAAUUGCAAUUCGUAACAUAUCAUACAGAUUUUAAUUUGUUACAUAUCAUACGAAAUGGAUAAUGGACAUCCACAAAUGAAUAAAUACCAUAUGAAACGUAACAUAUCAUACUAAUUGGAGUGUCCCGGAUUUACGUUUACUACAUGUAUGUUACGUCUAGUCCGGGUUUGUCUAUACUGCUGUGGUUUCCCCAAUAGAAAAAGAUUUAAGCCAGGGUUACUUCUAAGCACUGUCUGGCAAAGUAUUAGUAAAAAUAAAUCUAAAACAUUCAUUGAUUGAGUUAUUUAAAUGGCUGAUGGCCAGUUCUCUGGGUCUCUAAAUCUAAUUAUUCCUCUCCUCACAGCGAAGUCAUUGAAUAUUCUCUACCCAAGCUGCUAGAGAUUUUGAAGAUGACACAUGAAGAGGUAAGACACCUCCUCCACCCAAAGCAUUUGUAAUGAAUGCGGCAUAGGCCUUCAUUACAUGUUCAUAGGCGUCAUGUGUACAAGCAUACCACAUUCUAAGGCAUAAACAUCAUGUACUUUUCUCUCAAGUAUAAUCUCUCAACUGUUGCACCUCUCAAAAUGCUCACAUACUCUAUAUUCAGUGAUAUUUAAUCUCUUAGGCUAACACCCCUUCUCUUUCCUCCUAAUUUAUGUCAGUUUGUGGACCUGUGUAUCUUGUUGGGCUGUGACUACUGUGACAAAAUCACAGGCCUUGGACCUAAGAGAGCUCUGACUCUGAUCCAGCAGCACCGGACCAUAGAGAAUGUGGUGCUGAACAUCAACAGAAAGGUACAUGAUCCCUCCCUGAAAACUGUUCAGAUUACUAUAAUGCAAUUGCCUUGGAGAUUUUGGUGCCAAUGAGUUUGCUGAAGUCUUAUCUAUGAGUCUGAGUUAAACAUACUAGUAAACCAAGAAAAUAUGAAAUGUCAUCUAUGUCAUUUGUUACCACUCCACAUACAAUUAACAUAUAUGAACUAAUGAUUAUUUCAUUGUUCCUCUCAGACCUCACCUUCUAUGCUAUGUUCCUGUCCAUGUAAUUAGACUAACACCCCAACCCCUUUUCUCCCUCCUCCUUCAGACCCACCCUGUCCCACUGCGCUGGCAGUACCAGGAUGCCCGCAAGCUGUUUCUGGAUGCCCCCCUGACCAAGCCCUCGGACCUGGUCUGGACUGAGCCGGAUGAGGAGGCCCUGGUCCACUUUCUGUGCCACGAGAAACACGUCAAGUACUGUUCUGGUCCCGUAUGACCGACCCCCUUUGGAAUUAGACCAGGGGCCAUAUGUAUCAAGCAUCUCAGAGUAAGAGUGCUGAUCUAGGAUCAGGUUCCCCCUGUCCAUGUAAUCGUAUUAAUUGUGUUCUAAAAGGUACAACUGAGACGCUUGAUACAUACGACCCCUGGUGUACACAAAUCGAAUCCUCUGGAUCUGCAGUGCAUGCUUGUUUUAUGUCCUUGCCCAGUAAUCUAAAACUGAAUUAUUCCAUAUGUGUGUGUGAUAUGGAGGGAGCAAAGAGUACGAGGUCGAAUGCAGAAGUUCAGUGAGAAGCGUGAGCGCCUGAGGAAGGAGAGGGAGGAGGACAAGGCAGCAGGACGGAGCCGACAAACUCGCAUGGAGGACUUCUUCCGGGUUACACGGAAAAGGCAACAGGUGAUAUAACCCCACUAUGACACUUUUAUGACACCUCAUCUUUUUAUGGUGGGAGUACCUGCUGAACUCUAUAUCUCAUGUUAAGGCCUGGUAUAGAGAUGGUUAUAUAUCAGACUUUAUUAACUAGUUCAUUACAUUUACAUUUACAUUUUAGUCAUUUAGCAGAUGCUCUUAUCCAGAGCGACUUACAGUUAGUGCAUACAUUAUUUUUAUAUUUUUCAUACUGGCCCCCCGUGGGAAUCGAACCCACAACCCUGGCGUUGCAAACGCCAUGUUCUACAACUGAGCUACAUCCCUGAAAAUUGAUGCCAAAUGCUUCAUAUCUACAGUAUUUAUGGCUUUGGAGAUCCCCAUACUGUUUCAACCCUUUAUAUCCAAUACAGAUAACGUUAACUUUAGUUUUACAAUUCAGUUGAAAUUGUACAGCAAUUUUCACAUUUCUUUAUAACCUCAUCCUCCAUGUAGGUAUGCCUUUAUUGAUUGAUCACCUUUCAUUUAUCAGGUUAUAUUGACAGUCAAUCGAGAUGUCUAAGGAUCAACAUUCUUGAUACAGUUGAAAAGUGUUAAAAAACAUUUUGAAACAGUGAAUGUACUAACUGAACUUAAUUGUCCAAUAAGAGCACAGAUUUUCCUUCUGUUGCUAAAUGUCCUACUGAACACGACCCUGUACUGCUGAACUGGGAGUAGUAGCCUGAGGGGUAUACUAAGACACUAGCUAGAUCUUUUCAGGAUUUUCUAAAGCUAGCCAGCUUCAGUUGGCUUCAAAUUCAAGCUCAGGCUUCAUACAUGUUACGAAGGUGGAUAUUGAUCAUGCAGCCGCCGUUAACUCGAGCCAGCUUGUAACUGCGUGUUCGCGUCGAACGUGACAAGUCAAAAGCCGAACUCUUCAUUGAGACAAUGCUGAAACAGCAAUCCAUGGGCGAGUCAGUGCCACAUUAAAAAUGUUGUGGAAAUGAAAGAAAGGUUAUCUUGAAAUAGGCUAUUAGAAGUGCCAUUUCCCUUGUAUUAAUCAUAUCAUUAAUAUCGUCUUUGGUGUGCUUAUCAAUGCACAAGCCCCUUUUCCCCAACAACUUUCAAAUGCAUCAUGUCUUUACUAAAUGUGUAGUGUGAUAUAUAUUUGAAUAUUACUACACAAAAUACAUUUUUCUUAAAAAUAUAUUUAAUCAGUCUUCCUCAAAUAUGGUCCGGAAAAGGGAUGAUGAUGCACUCUUUGUGAGAGUGAGGGAAUCUAAUUUGAUUGGUCCUCAACUUUCGGCUCAAACACUUAGUUCAGGAUAAAGUGGAGUUACCCUGCCCCGGAGCAGGUUAGAGAUGAAGCGUUCAGUGCCAUAGAAAUGUACUUAGCUAAAAGGUGAGCCACCUUCAAGAGAAUUGACUAAAGUUAGCGCGCUAACUAUUAUUAUUAUUAUUAUUAUUAUUAUUAUUAUUAUUAUUAUAUUAUUAACUCCUCUGUCCAGCUUCGUAGUACACCCCUCUGGUUCGCUAACUGUUCCUGCAUUCAACAAUGUCACAUUGUUGCCUUGCCUCGUUUGGCAAUAUAACAUUUCAUGAUUACAGGUUGGCUAAAGCAGAAACAGGCUGGAAUCCAGACUGAACUGAAAGUGAUGUGGCACCUAAAUUAGCCUGUGUAUUUCUGGUAUGUUUUCAGUUAUUGUGUUGUGUCUGAAAUACCAGCCUUAUCUCCACUUGUAGCCAUCUGAAUCUGGGGAUUCCAUCGGCACCAAAGGAAAGAGAGCGAUGCCCAAGUGAUACUUCCCUCCGACAGAGUCUGGCGGUACUGCAAAUGCAUCCUUACCAACCAGCUGUCUGACAGUUAAAAGGAUGUGCUUGUUCAUGAGGGUCUACCUGAGAAAGGAGCUGUGCAGAUCAUCUGAUCUAUACAUUUCUUUAACUACAUAACGAUUGAGCAUAAACCAAUUCUUAUUAUAUAAAGAUUUUUUGACAGCGACUACCUCAGGGUAAUGUUCAUUAGGCACCA